AUGUGUAGCAAGACGAGUAUUGGAAACUAUGGAGAUGAUUACUCUGGUCCGUGUCCGAAAAAACAGAAGCAAAAUAACAAUGGAAGAAGAAGAGUUCCUCGAAGAGGUCCUGGUGUAGCUGAACUCGAGAAGAUCCGUCUUGAAGAACAGAACAUCUCCACCUCCACACCACUUCCUCCUCCUCCUCAGCCGGAAAAACCUCCGUCCGUUAUUCUUCCGACCACCACAGUGAGAACCGGUCCGGUUUACCCGUUUCCGUCUUAUAUUACAACCGGAUCUUUCCCUAACGAUUUGAUCCCUCCGGCUCCAGUAUUUCAAAGGAUUCAAGAUUCGUCUCUUCACUAUCUCCCACCGAUGAAUCUACCGAAUCCAGGGUUUUAUCAUUUUUUAGAGCAUCCUUCAAACCGAUCAUCUUGCCAUGACAAUAUCCCUCAAUUUCCCGACAAAGAAAAGGCAAUUUUAUUAAUUUCCCUAAAUUCUUUAGAAAAAUCAAAGCCAUGGCAAGUUAUGGCAGAGUCUACAAGAUGUGACGUGGGACCGACGGUAACCAUUUCAAGAAAUGGUAAACAAAUCAAGUCACAUGACCAAAGAAUGAAAAUUCAUUUUCAAGAUUCAGGAACCACAAUUAGAAAUCCAAUCACCAUUGAUUCUCCUUCACCGGCAACUCUUCCUACACCACCAAUGAUACCAAACUCUUCACUCAUUUUCCCGCGCUUCAUGCAUAAGGACGGGUUUAUUCCUGAAACCAUGCCACAGAGGAGCAGUGCUAAUAUUUACUCAAACAAAAAACCGUUCUACAGUUUCAUGCCCGCGAAUGAGCAGAGAAUUGACGACCAAGAUCUAUCUAUUAGCUUGAGAACCGAGAGAUGUGACACAGUUACUGAUCACGGCAUUGAUCUUCGCCUUAAGUUAUAA